AUGGCGCCGAGCAGUUCCAACAGCGGUGUCUCGUCCGCCGGCGACGGAGGCCAAGAAAAGCAGAAGAUGCUUCUUUCCUCUGAACACGGCCACUUUAGCUUGGUGAAGGCUCUUCAUCUUGCCGAUCUGGUGACCGAACUCAACGUCAUGUCCGUCUUCUCCUCCAUGCGCUACUGUCUCGGCGACCCCUCCGAUUACAGUGCUCUGUGGGCCGCCCUCGCAUUCAUGCCAUUCGGUCUGUUCUUCGACUUCAUGGACGGCAAGAUCGCUCGUUGGCGCAAGAAGUCCUCGCUGAUGGGACAGGAGCUUGACUCGCUUGCGGAUCUGAUCUCCUUCGGCCUCUCUCCCGCCGCCGCCGCGUUCGCCAUUGGUAUCCGCACCUCGCUUGACCACUUCUUCCUGGCCUUCUUCGUCCUCUGCGGCCUGACCCGCCUGGCUCGCUUCAACGUUACUGUGGCUGUUCUUCCCAAGGACAAGACUGGAAAGUCGAAAUAUUUCGAGGGCACUCCUAUCCCCACGACUCUGUCUAUUGCCUCCCUGAUGGCCUACUGGGUUUCCCAGGGCUGGACUCAUGAGAACAUUCCCCUCGGCCUUAUUGGCGAGGGUACUAUCCUCGAGUUCCACCCCGUUGUUCUCUUGUUUGUCUUGCACGGAUGUUUGAUGGUCAGCAAGACGAUACAUAUUCCUAAGCCUUAG